AUGUCAAAGCCUCGGCACGUCGUGCUAAAUCUCGAAGAUUGGGCAGGAUACACGGAACUGAAUGUCAAUGAUCUCUGGAAAAUCGACAAAUCUUCCAAAUCAAUUGCAUCUGUCUCCGACCCAAUACUGGUCGAUGAACAUGCCAGUGAUGACAUGCCGAUCGCCAAGGGGACACCCAGGGUGAAAUCGGUGGAAAAAGACGAGUGGAUAAGAGAGCGAUUGGAAACAAUAGACAAUAGCGUACAAGGCGUUAUGCAAAGGCUGGAAAAGAUCGAGAUGCGGCUCAACGGAAUCGAGCGUAGCGCGAACAGGAGCGAUAUUCUGGCCGCGGAGAUCGAAGGGCUCCAAGGUAGCGUUAGCGCCAUUCGAGCUGAAGUCGGUGCAGCUCAGGACCAGAACGGUAUACUUCCAGAGCUCGCGAAUCGAUCUCCUCCACCAGAAGUCAUUAAAGAAGAAGUGGGACGGAGCUCAUCUGCAGUCGCUUUAUCCGUUUGCCCAUCGUGUUUGAACCUUCCUAUAGAUCAGACUGUUUUAAGCCUGGACCGUGAGAAGGCUACAGCACAUCAAUGUGCGGUAUGCGAGACGCUCUUAGACAUUGUGGAUCACUACAUGUCCAUAAUGUUUCGUCCAGAGGUUGAGAUUGAGAACAUUGAGGUGCUGGUCAAAGAUACGAGUCUGGGAUUUGGAUACAAGAACAAGCCUGACGAAUGGGUAUAUGGGUUUGCGUACCUCGACGUUUUCUCAAGCAAUGGUGAGGUGUACUUCUUGAAGACCUGA